AUGGCGGCGGCGGCGGGUGCGGGGCCCGGCGGGGCCGUGAUCGGUGAUCGCGGAGCGGGACGUGGCGCCGCUGUCGCCCGGCGUGGUGCGGGCGCUGAACGCCACGCGCUACGAGAAGAGGAAGGGGGCGGCCCUCGAGGUGGAGAAGUUCACGUUGUGCUGGUGCGAGAGUUUGUGGCCCAGAACAACAUGUCUCAAAUCAAACACGUGAUCCAGAUCCUGUCGCAGGAGUUCGCGCUCUCCCAGCACCCCCACAGCCGGAAAGGGGGACUCAUUGGCCUGGCCGCUUGCUCCGUCGCCUUAGGCAAGGUUAUCCUGAAGGACCUGGAAGUGCUGGCUGAGAUUGCUUCUUCCCCAGCGGGACAGACGGAGGGUCACGGUCCCUCCGAUGGCUCCGAUGCGCGACCCGGCCCGGUGGAGCUUCACGUCCCGGCCAGGGCUGGCCAGCUGAGCUCCUCCGCUCUCUGCUCAUGCUUUGGUUCCCAGUCCAGACCUGCGCGUUCCGAGGAUGCAGGCAGGGCAAGGGGGACUGUCCCUGCGGCUGUCACUACCUUUGCGGCCACAGGGACUUCUCUGCUCAAGCGGCUGCAAGACAAUGAGGGUGACCGAGUGGAGACGUACCGGGAGCUGGAGAGCGUCUUGCAGGGAGAGGACGUCUGUUUGACGAGCGGUGUCCUGAACCGCCUGAUAGCAGAGGCGUCCAGUGACGUGCGAGCAGCCCAGAGCCUCAGCUAUGUCCUGGAGAUGCUGGAGGCAGUUGAGGCCCCAGUCCCACGGGGCACGGCUCUUGCCGUCAGCACCGCUGUGCACCGCCAGCUCUCUGAUGCGACCAAGGAGCUUGGCCGGGCCCAUAAGGCAGUGCUGUCCCGCUGCAUCGUGCUGCAGGCACGAAUAUGCCCCGAGGAGACGGUCCUGUUCCUACAGUCCCAGCUGAGCGGUGGGAGUGAGGCCGGUCGCGUGGCAGCCCUGGGCCUGCUGGGAGCGCUGGCCCACUCUGACGCACCUGCAGUGAGAGAGAAGCUGCCCCAGGUGGUGGAGGCCGUGGGGUCAGUGUGCAACGACCCCAGUGCCCAGGUGCGGAGGGCAGUUCUGGAGUUCAUCCGGGAGCUGCUCAGCUCCGGCUCCCAGAGCUGCUGGGCAUGGGAUGUGGUGGGGCACAUCUUCAACGAGUUCAGCCGGAGCUCGGGCAGACUGGUGGCAGGAGGCCUUUUUGCCUGGGAAACACCGGAGGAUGGAGCUCUUCGAGCUCUGUGCGUGGACAUCCUGGGCUCGCUGGAUGUCUCUCUGAGAGGGAUGACCAAACUCCUGUGGCCGAGGCUGCUGCAGUACGUGGUGCCAGCCCAGUACAGCGGCAUGCUCAUCCCACUCUCCCGCUGUCUCCGAGCCCUAGUGGAGAGGCGAGAGAGAGCAGGGUGCAAGGAAGAAGAGGAGGAGCCUGAUGCCAUGGACUCCCAGGAGCAAGCCCGGCUGCCGGCUCCCCAGGCCCUGUUGGCUCGACUGCUGGUGGUGGCGGCAGAUCCUUACGUGAGCGGCGAACGUGCAGUCGCUGCCUUGCAGCUGCUGCAGGCCCUCCAUGGCAGGAUCCACAGAGCCUUGGGGGCGGCGUGGGCGACCGAGAUCCCCCUCCUGCUGCAGUACCUGGAAGGAAAAAACGGGAGCUGCCUGGACUCUGCAGAGUGGGAGCACCGUGUGCUCAAGUUCCUGCGAGCGUCGCUGGAGCCCAUCAAGGACAAGGCCUGGACCGUGGGCCUGAGCCAGGAGCUGAGCCAGCAGCUGGGCAGCUCUGCCCCCGGCUCCUGGGAGAAGCUUUUCCUCUACAAGGCUCUUGGGACGGCGCUGGCAGCUUGUCGGGACCUCAGACACGUCCAAGGGCAGGUGCUGAGGUUCCUGCAGGAGACAAACGCCAUGGAGCUGUCUGAGGCCCAGGGAAUGAUUUCUGUUGUGUCCCACGCUGCCGAGAGCCACUUCCACUUGGUCUUGGACACGGUGACUGUGUUCUCCGCUGCUUUCACCGGAGAUGGGUUCUCUCAGACUUCCAUGGGCUGGAAGGUACAGCAGAGGCAGAAGAUGGAGAGAGCCCAGGCCAUUCGCGCUGCUCUCAUGCGCACCUACAGCGGCAUUGCGCUGCGUGCCCCCAAGGAGCAGCUGCUCACCCACCUGGAUAGAGGAAUCAUGGGCAACAUCCUGCGUCUCUCCGGUGCUAAAGAGAGGGACUUGCAGCUGAAGCUCGCCCUGGUGCAGAGCAUCACUGAGGUCAGCUGUGCCAUCCAGGCUGUGGGCGACUGCGGCAGCUUUGAGCUCUCCUUAAAGCGGGAGGCGAUGUGGACCUUGCUGGACUGGAUCAAGGGGGAGCCCUGGGACUCCCUGGUGUAUGGAGUGUUCCAGGCCCUGGAGGAGUUGAGCAAGCUGAGGCCACCUCUGAGCAGGGAGGAAAAUCGCAAGCUGCUGUCAGUGUGCUGCCAGACUGUCUUGUCCCGUCCUUCCAAGGAGCGGAUGAAAAAGGGCAGGAAGACAGUGAGGGCAGCUGUGAACAUGCAGCUUCUGCACAGGAGAUGCAUGGAAGACCUGGGCCAUCUCCUAGAAACCCUUCUGGAGGCAGAGAAGACCUCUGCCUGCUUUGAUGACGUGGUCCAUGUCCUGAAGGGCUGGCUCACCUCAGCCAAAGAAUGGGAGCGGGAGAGAGCCCUGCAGGUUUGUGCCCACGUGCUGGGAGCUUGCAAGGAGCGAUUUGAGCUCAUGAGAGGACGUCCUUGCGAGCAGUUCGGCUCCCUGGUGGGACUGCUGGCGACUCUGACCAGCGACUGCCUGGCCACGUCCUGCCAGAGGGCAUGGGUCUGCCUUGGCUACCUCCUCCAAAUGCAAGCCAAGACCAUGGAGGUGGUGCCUCAGGCAGAUGAGAUCAGGUGCUUUUGUGAGGAGCUGAACAGCCCAGACACUGAGAUUCCAGUGGAGACCUGUACCAAAAUAGCAAAGGCUGUUUGCAAAUGCAUCCCUCCGGCACAGGCUACGGACUUUCUGACUGCCGUCCUGGACAGCUUGCUGCAUGUCACCCCCACACGUGCAAGAGCAGUGUGGGCGUGGGUGUUCGUCUUCCUGGAGGAAUGCAGAAAGGAAAUACUCCAGGAGGUGCCAAAAAUCCUGAACACCCUUUGCACCUACAUGCAGCAGAGCACCCACAGGCCCUUCCUGCUCCGGGCGGUGUUUCUCCUCGCCCGCUUUCACCGGGAGCCCCUCAUCACCAGCCUCCUCCGGAAAGGUCCACCCAUGGACAGUGACACAGUGGAGCUGUGGAGGAGCCUGGGGAGAAGCACCAUUGGGAUUCAGGUCCUGAGGUGCUUAGUGGAGAAACUAAACAGAGCAGGAAACAACCGCCUGUGGACUCGCUUUCCCGCUUGGGAGCGGCACAACCGUCAGACUGCUCUGGAGACUCUGACGAUCACCCGUGCCAUCUCCGAGGUGGUGCUUGCCCUGAGGAGCACGGAGGAGCUCAGGCAGCUGCUUCCCCACCUCCUUCGCAGCCUCCUGAGGUGGGCCAGUGAAACGCUGGGCAAGGAGAGGCUCCUUUCCCCCAGGAAUGGCUGGAGGCAACUGUUCCUUGAGGGCCAGGUGCUUGAGGAGAAGCCAUGCAGGAUUUUCCUUUUGGCUGUAGAGUUGGUGCUAGGCAAAUGCAUGGCACAGACAUGGAUGCAGCUGCUCAUGCGUCAGGCAGUGUGGGCUCGCCUGGAAGACCCCCUGGCUCACCCUGAGGGGUUGCGUCUCUUGAGAAGCGUCCUGCUCCAGGCUGGGCUUGUCUCCCCCUCUCUGGUGAAGAGCCUCUUGCCACGGCUGCGUUCCUGAUCACUUAAGCUGCGGGUGACAGCUACAGCUUUCUUUGCUGAGCUCUCUCGGGACUGCAGGACAAGAAGGACCCACGAGUGAGGCAGGCGUUAGACGAGUCUCUCCAUGAUACCUGGCCCCAGUCAGCACCAAGGAGUUAAUUAAAUAAAGCUCUGCACGA